CAGUAACAGAAGCUUGCUGUAGCUACUCGCCUACACUACUACACUAGCCUGCAGCCAGCCAGCCAGCCACGCCCACCACACACACUUCGACCCGAUCGAGAUCCGAUCAGCUAGCGGAGGAUCACGGAAUGGCGGCGAACUCGUCGUCGUCGUCCCCGGCGGCCGUGAAGAUGGCGUCGGACGGGGUGUGGCAGGGCGAGAACCCCCUCGACUUCGCGCUGCCGCUGCUCGCCGUGCAGAUCGCCGUCGUGCUCGCGGUCACGCACGGCCUCGCGCUCGCGCUCAGGCCGCUGCGCCAGCCUAAAGUUGUCGCCGAGAUCCUGGGUGGCAUCUUGCUGGGGCCGUCGGCGCUGGGCCGGUGGGGCGCCUUCCGCCGCGCCAUCUUCCCGGCGUGGAGCGCCGCGGCGCUAGACACCGUCGCGGGUCUUGGCCUGCUGCUCUUCCUCUUCCUGGUCGGCCUCGAGCUCGACUUCCGCGCCGUGCGCCGCGCGGGGCCGCGCAGCGUGGCGGUCGCCGCGGCGGGCAUCGUGCCGCCGUUCCUCGCCGCGCCGGGCCUCGCGCCGCUGCUGAGGCUCGCCGUCCCGGCCUCGGCCCGCGCUGCGUUCCUCCCGCUCUGCGUGUUCGUCGGCGCCGCGCUCUCGGUGACGGCGCUGCCCGUGCUGGCCUGCAUCCUCAAGGAGCUCGGCCUCCUCGGCGCGCCGCUCGGCGAGACCGCCAUGGCCGCCGCCGCGGUGAACGAUGUCUUCGCGUGGGCGCUCCUGGCGCUCGCUCUCGCCGUCUCCGGCGGCGGGGCCAGGGGCGGCGCCCCGCUCGCGCCGGUCUACAUCCUCGCCUCGGGGGCCGCCUUCGUGGCGUUCAUGCUGUGCGCGCUCCGCCCGCUGAUGGCGCGCCUGGCGCGCCGCGCGGGCCCCGGCCGCGCCGCCGCGCUGGCAUCCCCGGGCGCCGUGGUGGCGUGCGCCCUGCUCGCGGGCGCGGCGACCGACGCCAUCGGCGUGCACCCCGUGUUCGGCGCGUUCGUGUUCGGGCUGUCCGUGCCGCGGGAGGGCGGCCUCGCGGAGCGCGCCGGCGACAAGGUGGCGCCGCUGGUGUCCGGGCUGAUGCUGCCGCUCUACUUCGCCACCAGCGGGCUGCGCACCGACAUCGACACCGUCCGCGACGCGGCCGCGUGGGGCAUGGUCGCGCUUGUCGUGGCCGUGGCCUUCCUGGGGAAGUUCGGCGGCACGUUCGCGGUGGCCGCCUGGACCGGCAUGGCCAGGCGCGAGGCCGCGGCGCUCGGCGUCGCCAUGAGCGCCAAGGGGCUCGUCGAGCUCAUCGUGCUCAACAUCGGCAAGGAGCGGAAGGUGCUGGAUGACACAACGUUCGCCAUCUUCGUGAUCAUGGCGCUGACGACGACGGUGCUCGCGACGCCGUUGAUGACUGCUGUGUACCGCAGCUCGCCGACGGCGACCACACCGGAGAGCGACGGGGCCGAGCUCAAGGGCGGCGACGCCUGCCCGGCUUAGCUAGCUCAAGCCGCGAGAAGUUCGGAGUCAGAGCGUGAUAUGUUAUAGUAUGUUGUGCGUGCCGGCAGGUGAUGCUGCUGAUCGAUCGCUGUUCAGGGCCAGGGUUGCGUAUGUGUAAUAUCUGAACUCAAUAACUGUCGUGUGGAACGGUAGUGUGUAUUUGCUAUAACACAGGAGAUAACUUCAUCGAAUCUC